UCUCCCACAGGUACCAUGAAGGUCUUCGCAGCUGUCUUCACCGUCCUCCUGGCUACUGCUUCCUCCCGCAACCCUGCAUCUGCCUCCCCAUAUGCCUCGGACACCACACCCUGCUGUUUUGCCUCCACCAAGCGCAUAGUGCCCCGUACUCAUGUCCAAGAAUAUUUCUACACCAGCAGCAAGUGCCCCAUGCCAGCGGUCGUCUUUGUCACCCGAAAGAAGCGCCAGAUAUGUGCCAACCCAGAGACAACGUGGGUGCAGGACUACAUCAACUCUUUCGAGAUGAGCUAGAGAGAGGACAUCUUGAACCUGAAAUUGUCCAAGCUUUCCUAUUGCUUCUUCCUCUUGUCCUAAUGGG